AUGCUGGACAUUGAACAUUACAUCGAUCAUUUCGCCUCUAACUUGCCCCGCGACGAAGGCGAGGACAGCGACGAUGACGACUUCAUCUGGGAGGGCGCAUACGAAGUGAAAAUUGAACACCACAUGAUCCAGAAAGAAACAUGUCAAGUCAGCUUCCGAAUCAAAUUCAAAUACGGCCCCGAAACCUCCUGGAUCAGCGCUGUAGCCGAAGAGCUCGACCUCCAAAAGCACUACCCGAGUGUGGUCUUGAACUACUGGACGAAGCUUGGUGGCCGCUGCCAAGUCACCGACUUUGAGAAGUAUCACGUCUAUCGAAUCGUCUCCGAGAAGAAGCGCCACUACGAAAUACAAUGGAUUGGGUAUGGCGAGACGGAUACCUCGUGGGAACCUAAGACAAAAAUCAAGAGGAUUUGUCCCGCAGCUAUCGCAGAGUGGAAGACGCGCAGCAUGAUCUGA